GCUGCUACGUCGGCCUAGUAUAUAGGAGGCAGUGCUUCUCUCCCCAGACUCGCUCUCGAUCUCUCCCCGGAUUUGCACUGCUCUCAUCUUGUUCUCGAACACUCAAGACUCGACUAUCCUUCAGCUCAUUCACCAUGAAGACCGCCGCCUUCAUCGCCGUCGCCCUCUCCGGCCUCGCCCUCGCCGCGCCCACCGUCCAGCACGCCGGCCAGGAGUGGAAGGACCUGAGCCACCUCAAGUACGCCAACUCGAAGCCCAUCGCCCUCGCAGACUCCAAGGCGGAGAAGCGCGCCGCCGCGGCCGUCCCCGUCAAGGACAACCGCAACCUGCACUACUCCAACGACAGGCCCAUUGCCAAGAAGCCCGCUUCGGCAUAAGAGCUUCGUUACGGAUCGUGAGGGGGGCUUUUUCCUUCUUGUAUAUAAAACGACCUUUUUUACGUGACAACCACAUUGUAUUUAACGCUUUGCGUAUCGGGCUGUUGAUACCGAUUCGUCGCUGUCGGUUGUACAUAUUGGUGGCGGCGACGAUGAUUCCGAUGCGUUGAGAUGUGGGUGUAUAUAUGACUCGCAAUGUAUAUAUGAAAUGCAUGAUUUGCUCUGCCAAUGCCUACAUUG